UCAGGCGCCUAAAAUAUUUUAGGUAACGAUCCUACAACGCCUCCGACGAGGGCACGAAUCAUGCUGGUGAAAUGAAAGGCGUUACACUCCAUUCGAUGCUAUUACAGGGGCGAAAAAGGUUUCCAUAAACUAUUCUCGUAACAAUGUCUACCAUAGGGCCAUCCAAUUCUUUAAUUUAGAAAGACCUUUCUUUAGCUUUUACCCCCAGAAAUCAGAAAUCUUUGAACUCUUGGAAGGAAUAGAUUUUCAGCAGAAUUUUGGUUUCCUAGCAAUUUCUCUUGGCUAUUGAGUUCUGUAUUUCAAUGGAAAUUUUUUGGACUCCGAAGCACUGAAACAUAGUGGUGUUCAAAAGAUAUUCGAUCGUCAUUUCGUUCUCAUACCUAGCUGGCGACUUCCGCUUCAAUCUUCCAAAUGUCAUCCACCAAUGUUUCUUGGCAACAGAAAGCCGCGGCCAGAAGAUCGAAUGCUGGAAAUCGACCGUUACAUGCCUCGGGAGUUUCGAUCUUAGCAAUGGCUGACAUUGCAUACAGAAAAACUCUAGAAUUUGACGGACCUUUAGGUUCAACCUGGAGAAGAAUCGCAAAUCUAGCAGAACCUGCAAAUCCUAUCAUCUACGCUGUUCAAUGUGAAUGGUUAGCGAUACUCUCCUUUCUGGAUGAUCAAUUUCUUGUAGUUCAAAAGAUAAUCGAGACAAUGUUUCCGCCUUCGUCGCAUUUGUUCGUCAAGAAUGACGAUCUUGUGCUUGUGAUAAUGUCCCUGCCAGAGAAAUUCGAUGAUGCUCUGACCAAACUUCCUGAAAUCAUCCACCAAUUCCCGGGGCUGGAGUGCGUGUUGCUCUAUUUGAUCUCGUGGUUGAAUUUUUUGGUUUCUAUAUUGAUCCGUUGUGUACUGGAUAAAUCAAAGAUCAAAGAGAUAACAAUUGAUAAGAACACGAUUUGCCCUACAAAUGACUUAGAGAGAACUGACAACGAUGAGAGUAAUAAGGAAAUCAGGUUUAUUCCUACGUCAGCAUCAAAGCCUUCUGAAGCUGCCAACAAAAGGGUCACCAUGGCUGCCUCAACCCAGAAGAGAGGCUCAUACAAGGAAGCAUUAGUGGGAGAUGAGGAUGAAGAUGUAAGUGCAGGUGUCCAGAAGAGAGGCUCAUACAAGGAAGCAUUGGUGGGAGAUAAGGAUGAAGAUGUAAAUGCAGGUGUCCAGAAGAGAGGCUCAUACAAGGAAGCAUUAAUGAAUGAUGAGGAUGAAGGUUUGAAUGCAAGUGUUCAUGUGAAUGAUGAAGUGGGAAGGAGUGGAAGAAUCGAGGAAGAAGAUUCAAUUCUGGGAUUUUUCGAGUCUGGAUGGACUCUAUGAAGUAUGAAACAUGUUAUUUGAGCCAACAAUUGGAUUCUGUUCGUGAUGAUUGAUGAUGACACGAGCAAGGAAAUGCAGCCUUAGUAUACCUUCGAGUUUUGACCGUUAUGGUUCCUAGGUUCCAUCCAUAGACUAACGGUACUGCUACUAACAAUUCAUGUUUUAGUGCAAGUCUGUUCUUUAAUUUUAUUUGUUCAGGUCUUUUGAAUGAAUAGCUUUAUCUUAUGAUGCAUUUUUGUGCCGUACAAUAGACAAAAUAGACGUUUACUUAGAACCAAG